AGUAUCUGAGUGUAGCAGUGAAACAGUAGAAGAAAGCAGGAGAGUUUUAAAGAUGAGUGCAGUUUAUCUGCUGCUGCUGCUGGUGCUGGGCUGCAGUUUGUUGGGGGGACAGUCAGUCAGGGUGAAUAGCAUCACUCUGAGGGGUUCUGAAGACAGAGGAGACAGAGAGAACGAGAUUCAGGCUGCUGAGAAUCCCACAACUGAAGCUACAACCACAACCUCCACCCAACAAAGCUGCCAGCAGGACAUCCACUCUGUACUGAGAGAGAUGAGCGCUGUGCUGGCAGAGUUGAAAGUUGAACAGAGACACACGACGACUGCAGUGAACAACUUAGAGAGCAGACUGAGAGCCAGUGAGAGUCAAGUGGAGGAGCUGAAGAAGAAGAGUGAAGAGAAGCUGAACGACUUGAAAACAUCACUCAACAAUGAAGUGGAGAUCUUAAAAAAGGAGAAUCAAGCUCAGGCAGUGAAUCACAGCACACUGGAGGUGAGAUUUGAGACUGAAGUGGAUGAACUGAAGACUAAAAGUGAUGAGUCACUGAAAGACUUGAAAAACUCCCUGAAGAUCACAGAGAACAAUGUGGAGAUCCUGAAAAAGGAGAACCAAGAGAGAAAAGUGGUGUUUUCAGCAUCACUUUCAGGCGGGGAAACGGCUAAUCAUGGACCAUACAGCACUGAUGUUACUCUGGUCUACAAACACGUCUUCAUCAACAUCGGAAACGCUUACAACCCAGUUACAGGUAUUUUCACUGCCCCUGUCAGAGGAGUCUAUGAAUUCAAAAUCUACGCUUAUGGACGUGGUGGAACAAUUGUAUCAGUGUCCUUAAGGAAGAAUGGACUUCAUGUAACAGGAGCAUAUGUUCAUCAACAACCAAAUGAUGCAAAUUCCUCUAAUGGAGUCUCACUGUUACUGGAAGUAGGAGAUGUUGUCUGUGUGAAGGUCAGAGCUAAUAUGUGGGUAUUUGACAGUUGGUUUCACCACACCACCUUUAGUGGUCAAAUGUUGUUUUCUGUUUGAGCAGUUUAACUUUAAAUGUUCAGUGUAAAGAGAUCCUGUGAUUUUCAGUAACUAACUUCAGAAUAUACAUUUUAAACUCAGAGAGGUGAAAGUUCAUCACUGUAUUCGUACUUUAUCCUUUAUUUUCUUUAAAAUAAGUAAUACUGUAUAUCUGCCUUCCAUGUUGUUGUAAUGACUAAAAGUGUGGAGGAAAAUAAGUAACUAAUAAUGUGUGAUCUUCACUAUGUUACCAUUUCACACUUAAUGAACAACAUAAUCUCUCAUGUAAUUCAUAUUGUGAUGAAAUGAGAACUGAUUUUAUAAAAGAAUAAAUCUGAACUUGUGAUCUGUAAAA